AUACCCGUGAGAAAGUCCACUGCUAGACAAUUAUGUGUCUGUAAGGAAACGCGCGUGGAUUUUACCCCGCCAAGACACGCUCAGCUGCCUACUAGAAGCGCGAGGCUCAACGGACCGGGCACUUUUGCGCUCCACCAGCGGAUCUGGUAACUCACGGUGGCAGUCGGUGGCCAAAAGGUCGGUUCAGAGCAAUGUCUGCCAUAACAUCAGUCACCGGUCCACCGUGUCACAGGAAGAACUGGCAGGUGUUUGUAUGGGUUGUGAUGUCUCUGCUGCCCCUAGUGGCAGGAGGCAGAUCAGGUUUUAGAGCAGAAUCGGAAGUUGCGGUGGGAUUUGUUGGUGCUGGAGUGGAGGAGCCACCUUUGGAGACUCUUCCAGACACCGAGGAAGACAUAGAAGGCGGCAGUGACUCCCCAUGGCAUGGUCUAUUUGAGCCAUCUGUGUUUGUUGAGGACGACCAGCAACCAGUUCGAUGGGAACGUUCCCCGCGGUCACCAGAUACCACUGACACACAGACCAAAGGUGCACGCAAGAGAAAGAAGAAAAAAGAGAAAGAAGAAAAGAAAAAGAAAGACAAGAAUAACGGGAAAAAACACAGCAACCGGGAUUGCAGGGUGGAAAAACGGGAGAUGCGCGUACGGGACCUGGGCAUGGGUUUCGACUCGGACGAGAUCGUCCUCUUUAAGUUCUGUGUCGGCUCGUGCCAAAGGUCUCGUGGGAACUACGACCUGGCGCUGCGUGCUCUGCUGGCCAAUGGGAGUUUGCCCAAGCGCACGGCCAGGAAGGUCAGCGCACACCCUUGCUGCCGCCCGACCGCCUAUGAACCGGUUUCCUUCAUGGAUGCUACCACAACCUGGAGAACCAUCAAGUCUCUCUCUGCUGCAGACUGUGAAUGUGUAGGGUGACCCAAACUGGAGAUCAUGACCUAAAUAUGGCUCGAAGGCCAAAGAGAAACGGAGGAAUCGGGAAGCCUCCAGGGCCACAGGAUAGAAGUCAGGCAAGGGUUGGCCCUGUUGGAAAGGCUGAGAGGGAAUUUGGUUCGCCUUUACGGGCUGUGAGUGAUUUACAACAUCUAUUUAUACACACUUUAAGAACACCAAACCUCUAUAAAAAGGAUUCAAAAUGGAAGUCAAAGAAGACUUGCGUGAGAUUCUUUGAAAACAAUGCGGAGAGACAUGGCCCAAAGUGGAAGAAUACCACCAUUGGUUUGUCCAAUUGAGUUGCUCUGUAAACAAAACUACAUGUUAUAACUUAACUGGCGUUUGCUUACCAUGAGUUUCAUCAUACUGGGAUAUCGCACGAAAUCCUGAAUCGUUUGUCAGGCACAUUUGUUGAUCCUGGAUGUCAGUGCCCAUUUUCCUGGCCUUCACUCUGACAUGUAAUAUUUCAGCCAAAUUAGCAAAGUUUGGAUCACUCAUUAUUAAUGGCAUGUUAUUGUUGUAAUUUCUAUGUAAUUGCACAAUCACAUGUGGAGUAUUAUUAAUAGUUUAGCCCAGAGAAAAUACAAAAGCCACUUAGUAUUACCCAUUUAUCUGUAAGCAUUGAAGGUUGAUUGUAUUUACAGUAGGUUUUUCUUUUCUCAGGACUUUUUUACAAAGUGAUAUAUGCUGGGUUUUUAAUACUAACCACAAAUAGUAGGGGGUAUUAAAAAGAAACGGUGUUCCACAAGACCAGUUUUGUCAGAUAAAUUAGUAUCAAUUUAAGAAUUUUAUAGUAACUUGAUAAAUAUAGAUAAGUAUAUAAAGACAUACAAAUAUUUGAUGCUUAACGGUCUACACAGCCAAAAUACUUUUUAAAGGGGUCAUAUUAUAGGGCUAAAAAGCACAUUACUUUGUGUAUUUGGUGUAAUACAAUAUCUUCGUGUGGUUUAUGGUUAAAAAAAUCAUUAUUUUCCACAUACCAUACAUUUUUUUAGCACCUCUAAGUCCCGCCCAUCUGAAACAGGUCGUUUGGUACAAAGUUCAUCGUUGUGAGAAAGCGGGGUGUCAACAGGUGUCAACUGAUUGGCCAGCUAUCCAGUGCGUUGUGAUUGGCCGAAUACCUCAGUAACGUAAUCGGAAAUAUGACGCUCCUUGCCAAGUUUUGGAAGAUGAGCUCCCAAAACAAUAGUGAAAGCCACGAGAUACUAUCGUAUUUACUACUACCUUAUCAACAUGAGCCUGAAUCUGACCCAGAAAACACGGAUGGCUAAGCUAAUCAAUCAACUUUACCAGCGCGAUGUGAGCAGAACUUAACAGAUGGUAAGGUAAGGACACUAAAACAUAAACCAUGUUUGCAUUUGUGAACGUAGAAACAACAAACAAGCACUAAUCUGCACUUUUCAAAUCUCGCGUUUGGAUCAUCAUUAGGAAAUGCAUUAAAACACAGGCGCGUCUCUGCUCAAAACUCGUCUUGGAAUCGUCAGUGAGGAAAUUUAUUAAAUAUGAAAACAUCGGCUACUUACAGGAUGUCAGUGUAGUUGCAAAGUUACAAUUGCUCCACUUUUUAGAUGGAGCCUUUGUGUACAUCCAGCGGUGGUACUCAGCGAUGUUUAGAAAGUAAUCCUCCUUAAAAUGUGCAGCACACAAUCGAACAUUUGGGCUGUACUGUUCUGAAACUGUGUUGUAAAUAAAACCUAACCACUGGUUUCUUAAUGUUUACUCUGUUGGAAUGCCAACCAAAGUAGUUUUCCAACGAAACACAGCGUCUGCUCGACAUGGCGGAAAAAAACAAUAUUACAGCGUGAUUGAAAGUUACACCCUCUAACUUUGCGUAUAUACGAGGGCGGUGUUAUGAAAAUGUUCAAACCAGUAUGACGUCUAACUGCAUGGGCGUGUUAAACGAGCCGUUUUAGGUGGGCGUGGAUGAGGCUUCACGUUUAAAAAGAAUAUCUCUUUGGAUUUGAAACUUUAAUUUUUGCAACUUUACAGAUCUUUUAUGUGCACAGACAUCAUUUAACACUCUAAAAAACAAAGGAAAACAUGCAAUCUGACAAUUUGACACCUUUAAUAAUUUUGUUGAUGCUGGUGCGUCAAAAACAUUAAUGCAUUACUAUACAUGUAGUUACCAAGGUUUCGGUAUAAAUCAACUAAAACUAUUCUCAGAACUUAGAUGAUUUUUAUUCCCUUAUAGUUAUCAACAAAUAGAUAUUAGCAUAAUUCUGUGGAGUCUACAAUAACAGGCUUCUUUAACUUUUUAGUUUAUCAAUACAGAUUAUGACCACAAUGCAUUUGUCAUUGUUUCUUAUUGUUAACAAUGGAUGCCAUGCAUCCCUUUACAUUUACUGUACCAUAUAUGAUAUCAUAUUUAUUUUUUCAUUUAAGUUAUUUAUUUAUUGUUGUGUCCACAGAUAUGUCUCUGGACGUUUAUAUUUAUUAUUGUUUAUACUUUUGGCUUCUAUUGUUCACUUCCUCUCAUCUCACGAUGAACCAGCGUGGAUAUAAACAAGGCCUUGAACAAGCUUCAAACUAUUGCAUAAAACAAAGAAAUUCAUUCGAAAUAUUAUGAUAGGAUUUGUUUUUAUAUCAUCAAAAAUCAUGAAGUUUUCUGGGCUUUUUUUGAGUCCUCCAAGAUGACAUUAGCUUUAAUUUAUAAGGAAAAUAAAAUGGUUUUCUUUACUAAUGAUAAGGGGGGGGGGAUUUGUUUUUGUUUUUCUGU